AUGCAUUCGCAGAUCCUGUGCAAAGGCACGGCUGCGGCUGUGGCUGCGAGGAGAAUGCGGAAUAUUUUAGGUCCUGUCCUGGGCAAAGGCGGCUGGACGUGGAAUACUCAUGAGGUCAAACUCCUCAACACAUCGGAAGGUGACUGACCCUAGCUAAAAGUAACACUACUGGCUAUUGUCAUAGUGUUGAACUAUUGUUUUUGACCCUGCAAACCCACUUCUGUCGUCUUUAAAUGUAUAUUUAAAGUGUGCUGAUGUAACAGGCUAGCAAGUUAGCUCGCUAGCUAGCCACUAUGGAAGUAGAUUGUAAGCUAUCUGUCACCUGUCACCUACAUUUCGUAUGUUGCUGGGAGCUAGCUAGCUAAAUGUUUUACAACUACUGUAAUCCAAGCUAGCAGAUUGCACUGUAACAUUCACAUAACAUGCUAAACUUCACUAAACAAAUAAUCCCUAGUUAACGUUAGGCCUACUCCUAUUGGUUUUUAUUUCUGUGGCAUUGGUUCCUGUAUUAGUUUUGUGUGUGGCAUCAAUCACUGUUUGAACACAAUCUUUUUUCUUCUGUGUCAGGUGACACAGUGAAGAUAGGAGAUAUCUCCUACCAGCUCAAAACACCCAGGAACCCAGAGCUAGUGCCCAUCAAUCACAGUAUGUAGCACCAGUGAUAUGCUCUACCUUCAAUGCAAUGUAUUUCUGUGUGUGUGUGUGUGUGAGAGAGAGAGAAAGAGUGAGAGAAUGAAUGAGACAGUGAAUUUGUGUUUGCUUGUCCUUCCUUGUGUGUGAUAGUGUCGGAGACCCUGCCCCAGACUGUGGUCCAGCACCUGCGUUGGAUCAUGCAGAAGGAUCUGUUGGGUCAGGACGUGUUCCUCAUCGGACCCCCUGGACCCCUACGACGAUCCAUCGCCAUGCAGUACCUGGUGAAAACACACACACACACACACACACACACACACACACACACACACUACUAGUCCACUGAGCAAAUCAAAUCAAAUUUUAAUUGUCACAUGCUUCGUAGACUAACAGUGAAAUGCUUACGGGCCCUUCCCAACAAUGCAGAAUAUAAUAAAAAACAGAAUAAUAGAAAAAAUUAAUUGUAACACGAGGAAUAAAUGCAUGAUGAGCAAUGAUAGCGAGUCGAUGUGCAGGGUUACUAGGAAAUUGAGGUAGAUAUGUACAUAUAGGUAGGGGUGACUAGGCAACAGGAUAGAUAAUAGACAGAAGCAGCAGCGUAUGUGAUAAGUGUGUAAGUGCCGCUCUAUAUCCAAGCUGAAGCCUAUCUAGGGACUGGUGCUGUAUAACAGUAGUUGCCAAAUCUUAGUGAAUUUCCAAAACCAAUAUUCAACAGUAGCAUAACACUAUAGUUACUAUUACAUGUAAUAUUAGUUACUAUUACCAUGUAAUAAACUAUCAAGAGCUAAGUGAUUACUAAUUACUAUUAGUACAAGUAUACACUGUAAAGCAUUAUUGAGUGUUCUAAAGGGUUAUGGAGUGCUCUAGCAUUAGGAAGUGUUCUAAAGUGUUGUGUUGACUUCCCUGGUUGGUUAGGAGCUGACUAAGAGAGAGGUGGAGUAUGUAGCUCUGUCCAGAGACACUACAGAGACAGAUCUCAAACAAAGAAGAGAGAUACGAUCUGGAACAGCCUUCUACAUAGACCAGGUGAGUACCGUUCAUCUGUCCGUCAGUCCAUCCAUCAAUCUAUCCGUAUGCACUAUAUAGCUAUCAAUGUGAAGUUCUGAAUAGGUGUUUUAAAACAUUGGUCAGAUAUGUCAGUGGUGUGAACAUUAGGACAUUUUGUCUUUUGUCAUUGCAGCUACAUACUGAUGGUCAUAUGCUUUCUUGUUAAAAAAAGCACUACUUUGUUGUUUUCCGAUGAGAGCACAUCAUUGAUCAAAGCUCCACUCUCCAGUAGCGCUAACUAACAAUCCUAUGUACUGGUUAGAUCAUCAUCUGUCAAUAUAAACACCCAUUUCCUGGUUGGUUCAUUUGUGGCUUGGUUCUACACUUGGGCUUGGAAUUGCCAGGGACCUCACGAUACGAUAUCAUGAUGCUUAGGUGCCGAUACUUUAUGUAUUGCAAUUCUAUAUGUAUCAUGAUUUAUCAAAAUUCUAUAUGUAUUGCGAUUCGAUACUGCUAUUUUAUGGCAAUUCAAUGUUCCAAACAUAUCGCUCACUAUGUCUGUUGCAGAGGGACAAGAGAGAGCCAUAAUAAAAACGUUUUGAUCAGUCAUGGAAAUAAAAGUGCUGAAAACAUGUUGGCUCACCAUUUAAAAAGAAGAUUGAGGCCAAGCUAUAGGAGGAGAAAUACCAAAGUUUUGGCGCAGGUACAGCUGACUAGCGCUAGCUAACCUUAAUAACUACCUUUUUAGAGAAUCGAUACUUGGAGUAAUAGAAUCAAUAUAAUAUUGUAAAAAUAAUAUUGCGAUACUCUACCGUAUCCAUUUCCCCCCAUCCCUAUUCUAUACUAAUCAUCUAAUGAUCAGUGAGAUCCACCACGACACAGUCCAUUCUGUGAGAUGGUGAGCUAGCUAGAUGAUACAUUUGGGAUCACAAAGCAGGAUCAAUGAUUUGGCAAGCUAACGUUCCUCAAUAAUUUAAAAUUAUGUGGACAUGGUAUUACUGACUUGUCACCAAUGUUCCCGCUAAGCUGUGCGCGUGCGCCGGCGCGCAGCUCCCCGGGACUGCCAUGCAGAGCAAAUAUCAGCACGAGAUUGAACUUCACCUUACUUAACACUAUCAAUGUUUCCCUUUACUGUGGGAACUGUAAUCGAAUCAACACAAUAUUAGCCACUUUCAAUGCAACAUACCGAAACAAAGCGAACUAUGCAAGACUUAGUAUUCAAAACAAACUAUACAAGGGAUUUUGUUGUAGGCAGAACGCAUCGGAGUAGGAUUCUAUUGCAUUGACACGCAUGACUCAGCCCAUACUCUACACAGACCGGCACAGCAUAACCAAUCAGAGCUGCAGUAGGCCUACAGUUGAAGUCGGAAGUUUACAUACACCUUAGCCAAAUACAUUUAAACUCUGUUUUUCACAAUUUCUGACAUUUAAUCCUAGUAAAAAUUCCCUGUCUUAGGUCAGUUAGGAUCACAACUUUAUUUUAAGAAUGUGAAAUGUCAGAAUAAUAGUAGAGAGAAUGAUUUAUUUCAGCUUUUAUUUCACAUUCACAGUGGGUCAGAAGUUUACAUACACUCAAUUAGUAUUUGAUAGCAUUGCCUUUAAAUUGUUUAACUUGGGUCAAACGUUUCGGGUAGCCUUCCACAAGCUUCCCACAAUACGUUGGGUGAAUUUUGGCCCAUUUCUCCUGACAGAGCUGGUGUAACUGAGUCAGGUUUGUAGGCCUCCCUGCUCGCACACGCUUUUUCAGUUCUGCCCACACAUUUUCUAUAGGAUUGAGGUCAGGGCUUUGUGAUUGCCAUUCCAAUACCUUGACUUUGUUGUCCUUAAGCCAUUUUGCCAUAAUUUUGGAAGUAUGCUUGGGGUCAUUGUCCAUUUGGAAGACCCAUUUGCGACCAAGCUUUAACUUCCUUACUGAUGUCUUGAGAUGUUGCUUCAAUAUAGCCACAUAAUUUUCCUUCCUCAUGAUGCCUUCUAUUCUGUGAAGUGCAACAGUCCCUCCUGCAGCAAAGCACCCCCACAGCAUGAUGCCUGCACCCCUGUGCUUCACGGUUGGGAUGGUGUUCUUCGGCUUGCAAGUCCCCCCUUUUUCCUCCAAACAUAACGAUGGUCAUUAUGGCCAAACAGUUCUAUUUUCGUUUCAUCAGACCAGAGGACAUUUCUCCAAAAAGUACGAUCUUUGUCCCCAUGUGCAGCUGCAAACCGUAGUCUGGCUUUUUAAUGGCGGUUUUGGAGCAGUGGCUUCAUCCUUGCUGAACGGCCUUUCAGGUUAUGUCGAUAUAGGACUCGUUUUACUGUGGAUAUAGAUACUUUUGUACCUGUUUCCUCCAGCAUCUUCACAAGGUCCUUUGCUGUUUUUCUGGGAUUGAUUUCCACUUUUCGCACCAAAGUACGUUCAUCUCUAGGAGACAGAACGCCCCUCCUUCCUGAGCGGUAUGAUGGCUGCGUGGUCCCAUGGUGUUUAUAUUUGCGUACUAUUGUUUGCACAGAUGAACGUGGUACCUUCAGGCGUUUGGAAAUUGCUCCCAAGGAUGAACCAGACUUGUGGAAGUCUACAAUUUUUUUUCGGAGGUCUUGGUUGAUUUCUUUUGAUUUUCACAUGAUGUCAAGCAAAGAGGCACUGAGUUUGAAGGUAGGCCUUGAAAUACAUCCACAGGUACACCUCCAAUUGACUCAAAUGAUGUCAAUUAGCCUAUCAGAAGCUUCUAAAGCCAUGACAUCAUUUUCUGGAAUUUUCCAAGCUGUUUAAAGGCACAGUCAACUUAGUGUAUGUGAACUUCUGACCCACUGGAAUUGUGAUACAGUGAAUUAUAAGUGAAAUAAUCUGUCUGUAACAAUUGUUGGAAGAAUUACUUGUGUCAUGCACAAAGUAGAUGUCCUAACCGACUUGCCAAAACUAUAGUUUGUUAACAAGAAAUUUGUGGAGUGGUUGAAAAACAAGUUUUAAUGACUCCAACGUAAGUGUAUGUAAACUUCUGACUUCAACUGUAUAUGCAAAUAGACCAUUGCCAUAUAUGGAUCUGUGCCAUUCACUUUGAACUGGACUGUGUUUACAGCAUGAGCGGUCGUGAGUAGAUGCGCUUGUUUUGAGAUCAAAAUGAGAACUGCAUGUAGCCAGGUGUGUACAUUUGUUCAUAUCCUUUGCUAGUAAUUGAGUUAUUAGCCCAGUUAUAGAUAAUUUGUAGUAAGCAAUGGGGGAGGGAUUGCUUCCUACAAGAACACAAAACUUUAAAUUUAAAGAGCUAUUUUUUGUCUUAAAGGGGCAGUAUUUUGAGACAGGCUUGAAUAAGCUAAGUAACCAAUAGGUAGAGGGUAGCAUAAUUUGUCUGAUUCUCUGUAAUAAUGGUAUGGGAAUAAUAAUGCAUUUUAUUUUGUGAAGUGGUUUCUUGCAUCAAACAACAGCAUUUUCAGUCACCUCCUUGUCUGAAGGACAAGUGGAUAAACAGGUUAAUGUCAAGCAUGACCACUUCAGGACUCGACAUUAACGCUUUUCUGGGACAGGUAAAAAACAUUCAAGUUUUUAGUAAAAGUAAACAAAUCUAUACAACAAUUAUAGGGAAUAAUAAUAAUUUAUAUAUUCAUAUUUAUAAUAAAAUAAUAAUCAUUUAUAAUAAUAACAAUCAGGAUGUUGUGUCCAAUGGGGUAAAUGCAGAUGGACAAACUCAUUUUAUAGACGCUAUUCUUUAUCAGUUGGGCUACAGGUGAUGAUGCUUAUUGCUAAUAGCACAUCUGAUAAUAUAGAGCAGGCAUAGGCUAUAUGCAUGAUCCAAUAUGUUAAAAUAAUUUUAAUAUCAUUUUUACAAAUAUGUUAUUUGGCCCAUUUCUGAGGGUGGAAAUUAUAUUUUAGAUGGUGUCAGCAUAAUUGCAUUUUUAUUAAUUUUGGAGUAGAAUGUCCUUUUAAAAAGUCACCAGAAUUGAGCUUCUCUGUCCUUCUACAUACAAAUUAUCCCGGGGAGGACACCCUAAGCAAGGGGACUGGAAUUGGUCAAACUCACAGUUUAAUACAUGUAGAGAAUGAUCCUCUUUCCCUAAAAGCAUGAUGGUCAUGACUUUCUUACAUGAAAGGGGAGGUUAACUUGGCCCCAGACAAUCGAUCUGAGAUGGACUUACUGUAAGUUUGAGUCAUGUUAUUGUUUUUGCUUUAACCCCUGCCGACGCGCAGUUGAUGAACAUGUGCCUUAUUAAACCAAUGCUACAUAGGCCUACUUCAGUUGUAAAACCGUCUCUCCAGCGCUUAAUAUUGGGAGCUGGGGGGGGGGACAAGUGACUUGAGCUUUCGGACAAGGAAAAAAUCAAAAGUGGCUAAAAAAGUUAAUGUCAAGCUCUGUAGACUCUCAGCUAGGUCACCAUGGAGACAGGGUGUUAAUAAACUGAAGUGAUUCCCCCAGGGGGAAGCCCUCAGAUCAUCCUCUCCCUGGGCUUCAGAUGAUAGAACCUAGAUGAUUGAUCCUAGGGCCAUUCAAUCAGGGGAAACAUCAUCCAUCCUGCACUUCAAUAAUUAACUUUGGCGGCCUACUUUAUUAAACUAGACAAUAUGUAAAAUGUACGCCUACAUAAAAUGUAUAAUUUGCUGCAAGGACCAAAUUGCUGCAGGAAGAGGCAGAGCAAUGUUGCUUUUGGCCUACUCCUCUCCUCCUCCUCCUCUUCUUCCAAUGAAAACAAAGCAACCAGGAUUAGUGUAUCCACCUCCUCUCCUCCCCCGCUUCCCCACUGGCCACCAUCCAUCCCACCAAAGAGAUAACAGGUGUCCAUUGUUCCCAUGGCAACAUGUGCUGAAUAGCUGCACCAUUAUGGAUUGAGCUAAUUGGUGUCAACAUUAUUCACAAAUUUGUCAUUUACUUCAGCAAUGGCUGUUUUGGCUAGAUUUGUUCAUGCGCGCUCGUGUGUGUGGAUCGGGGAUGCAUGGAACUGGUUUUCUGACAGGAUUGGUUACUAGCAGAAGGGUGUGUUGACUAGAGCAUCAGAGUAUUCCUGUGGGCCUUGCGCUCAUUCGGAGACCUAUAUUCAGGCUUUGUGUGUCAAUCCAUCUGCUCUCCUCUCUCCUCUUCCCUCUCUUCUCUCACUAAUAGACUCCUCCAAUUCAACAUCCUUGCAGUCAGGAUCUAAUAUAGAUCCAGGGCUGGAAAUAAUCACUGCCAUUGAAAUCCUUGGGCGGGCCGCCUAAGCAUUUAUUUGGGCUGCCUAAGCCCAAUCAGUGUUUUCUUAGUGUUAUAAAAAAAAAAAAUGGCAUAAAAAAAAAACGCUUUAAGAUAUAAAGUAUGUAGAAAAGAUAAUGGACUUAUAUUUUUUUAUAAUGUAAUCUUUGAGUACUAACAAUCACCAAAAUCAAAGCUAGAAAGUCAAGGAUGGGGGCCUCUAAAAUGUUCUCUAAAAUUCAGCUACGCCCCAUACCACGGCCCCUGCCAUGCCCACCACCUAAGCCCCUUUUUGAUCCAUUCCUUUGGAAUCAGGUCCAACUCUAAUUAUAUUAAACAUCAUCCAACCCAGGAGGCUAGUCAAUCUGCAAAUAGAUGUCAUUACAGUGAUUGGAAUCAAUAAUGACCUAGUUGGACCAAUGAUGGCCCUAGCCUUGUGCUUUAGCUUAUUCUAUGGCAUGACAACAGGAACGGAGGGGCUGGAGUUUAAUAUGGGUAAUUGAGAAUAUUGAGUGCUACUGUACCAUUUAAGUUUCAAGUAAGACUUUAUCUAUGAACUAGGAAAUAUGGAGAAUAUUUGGGAACUUCUUGUUCCUGCUUCCUGUGACAUAGCCUAACCCCCAGAUCUACAGGUAACCACCAAAAUAAUGGAAACGCUUAGUAAAUGAGGCAUACAAAGUGUAUUGAAAUCAGGUGCUUCCACACAGGUGUGGUUCCUGAGUUAAUUAAGCAAUUAACAUCCCAUCAUGCUUAGGGUCAUGUAUAAAAAUGCUGGGCAAGCCAUUAUUUUGGCUACCAUGGCUAUGCCUGCCCAUAGGAUGAGAAUGCCCCCAUCCACAGGGCAUAAGUGGUCACUUAAUGUUUUGAUGAGCAUGAAAACGAUGUAAACCAUAUGCCAUGGCCGUCUCAGUCACCAGAUCUCAAACCAAUUGAACACUUAUGGGAGAUUCUGGCGCAGCGCCUGAGGCUGGGUUUUCCACCACCAUCAACAAAACACCAAAUGAUGGAAUUUCUCUUGGAAGAAUGGUGUCGCAUCCCUCCAAUAGAGUUCCAGACACUUAUAGAAUCUAUGGCAAGGUGCAUUGAAGCUGCUCUCACUCGAGGUGGCCCAACACCCUAUUAAGACACUUUAUUUAGGCGUUUCCUUUAUUUUGUCAGUUACCUGUAGCUAUCAGGUCAACUACAGCUACUAGCUAGCCAGUUUUGUUGCCUUGCCUCUCUUCUCUUUUCUUCAGCUUCCAGGUCAUAUCCAAAGUAAGGCAACAGUCCCAUUGCUCUGUGGGGUUCUUAUUAUAAAAAGCCAGAGAAAGUAUUUUGAGGGAUGUUUUUCUUCCUCUUUCAACCAUAUCGUCCUCUUCUGUAUCCAACCCAAACCCAGCACAACACGCGCGCACACACGCACACACACACACACACACACACACACACACACACACACACACACACACACACACACAAGGCCUGCUUAUGGUUUUGCGUCCUCUCCUCCUCUCGCCAUCCUGCGUCACUCCACAUUUCUAACAAUUAUCUGAUUACAGUCUCCUCUGGGCUGAAAAUGGACCGGGGUUUAUAUAUAGUCAUCUGGUUCCAGCUAUAGUUUUUAUGGUUGCUCAUCCCACAGAACCGGGCCGUGUAUUUACAUGUAAACCUAAUUAUAUGGCAACAUCGCUCUGUGGUCGGCCCAGACGGCUAAGGUUUCUUGCCUUUGACGUCAGAGCUGUUUGAUUUGUCUACACACACACGGAUGCACACUCACUUACACACAAGCAUGUGCACACACAUGCACUUUCUUUCUCUCUCUCACAAACACACACACACACACACACACACACAGUUUAUCUUCUUAACACAAUAGACCUAUCACACUUUUGGUUAGGGUAGAAAAUAGCCUGUGUUAAAAUAGCCAGACUGUUUUGAUACAGAAGGACAUUCUCAGGAAAGCAUUAUGGUAGGUCUGUGUUGUUCAAUGAUGCGGGCAGUUUGACUAUAAAAAUAAGGGUAAGCUUUUACGUAGUAAUGUUGAUGUUGGCACAUGGGUUGGGAAGGACAAUUAGCAGAGGUAGUAGUGCUUGCAGAUACACAGGGAUUCAGGGAACAGUCCUGUAAGCCUGAUGUGUGUCAAUCAACUCAUCAAUAAAGCAGUCAAUCGAUCAACCAAUAAAACCAACCAGUUCGUCAUAUGUAAUUUGUAUAGUUUUACAGUGUCUAUUGUAUGUGUAAUGUAUAACUAAAGUUGUAUUGUAUUGCAGUGUGCGGUGCGGGCGGCGACAGAGGGCAGGAUCCUGGUUCUAGAGGGGCUGGAGAAAGCGGAGAGGAACGUUCUCCCGGUUCUAAACAACCUGCUGGAGAACCGAGAGAUGCAGCUGGAGGACGGACGCUUCCUCAUGUCUUACGAGCGCUACGACAAACUACUGACGGUGAGACCUGUGUGUGUGUGUGUGUGUGUGUGUGUGUGUGUGAGCUGUGUGCGGGCACAUUGACCAAUGCAUACCAAGGCAGUUGAUUUAGCCCUGUCCCCUGCAGGAGCACACCAAAGAGGAGCUGGAUGCGUGGCAGAUUGUGCGCGUGAGCGAGGACUUCCGGGUCAUCGCCCUGGGACUUCCUGUCCCCCGGUACAAAGGCAACCCCUUGGACCCGCCCCUCCGAUCCCGCUUCCAGGCUAGAGACAUCUACUACCUACCCUUCAAGGUUAGAGCAACGAUUCCAGAUCAACUAUCCUAUCCUACGGGCUAUAUUAACUACAGAUAUGGGUCAGAAGGAGUAACACUUUAAAGCACCCGUGUAGUGUCUGAUUACUUCAUAUAUCUUUUCUCUCUCUCAGGAUCAGUUGGAAAUCCUGUACACUGUUGGACCAAACGUGCCUGCCGAGAGGUAAAGAUAGACACACACACACACACUAAUGCUGUACCAUAUUGAACAGAGUUAUAAUUUAGUAAUACGGGUGCUGUGUUGUCUUUGUAUCGCAGGGUAUCCCAGCUGCUGUCGUUUGCCACCACUCUCUGUUCCCAGGAGUCAUCCAACCUGGGUCUGCCUGAUUUCCCUGUGGACAACCUGCCUCCUGCUCUCACUGUACUGGUAAGACUGAUGGAGGGAGGGAGGGAUGGGAGAAGCAUGAAGAUGGAGGAGGAGAGGAGUGAGGGUGUAGGGCUAGCCUUGGUCUGCCUGACUUUUGAGAAAUGACUGGAGGGAAAAUGGAUGGAGAGGAGAGGGACAAGGUAGUGAGGACAAAGAGCUGCUUGACAGAUAUCCUUGGUAUCGGUCUACUCCUCCCCAGUAUUUAGAGUCAAUUCACCCACCAAACAAUCAAUCAAUUAGACAAGUCAAUCAACCAACCAACUUAUCAAUCAAUUAAUUAGUCAAUAUAUAUUCAAUUUCAACCAACCAACCCUUUCUCUGUUCCUGUGUGUCUCCAGGAGCAUUUUCCCAUGCUGUCGUCCCAGCAGCUAGUGCAGAGGCUCUACCCCUAUCAAGCCAUGUUGGGGAAGGAGGGCCGCACCGCCGUGGAGGGUGUUCUUAAUGUAAGAACACACACGGACAGACAUGCACAGUUACACAGACAUGCAUGUGCACAUACGUGUACACACACACAAUUCACAGCUGACUGUUGUCGUCCCUCUCCAGAGGUUUGAGUUGCUGGACGCGCGUCAGCAGCCGGCUUCCAGUGCUGUCCUGAGGGUGGCGCCAGCGAGCACAGAGCAGCCCGGCCAGACGGGAGCCCAGGCUGACGUCACACUCCGCAUCACAGACAAGGACAUCACCUUCCAGGUAACACAACCCCUUUGUGAUUGUGGACCAUUCUGUAGAGACGGCUGA